GACAGGCACUUCCGGUGAGCCUCCUGGGGUGUCUGGGUUUCAGUAAGGCGGCGGCGGCGGCGGCUUCUAUAAAGAAGAGUUUUCUGAGUCCUCUGGUUCUAACGUUUUUCUGAGAAAAGCGGCGUCUACGAAGGGUUUACAUCAUGUUCUCUUUCAACAUGUUCGACCACCCGAUUCCCCGGGUCUUCCAGAACCGCUUCUCCACACAGUACCGCUGCUUCUCCGUGUCCAUGCUAGCCGGGCCUAAUGACAGGUCAGAUGUGGAGAAAGGAGGGAAGAUAAUUAUGCCACCCUCAGCCCUCGAUCAACUCAGCCGACUUAAUAUUACCUAUCCCAUGCUGUUCAAACUGACCAAUAAGAAUUCGGAUCGCAUGACACACUGCGGAGUGCUGGAAUUCGUGGCUGAUGAGGGUAUCUGCUAUCUCCCACACUGGAUGAUGCAGAAUUUGCUGUUGGAAGAAGGGGGCUUGGUGCAGGUGGAAAGUGUCAACCUUCAAGUGGCUACAUACUCCAAAUUCCAGCCUCAGAGCCCAGACUUCCUGGAUAUCACCAACCCCAAAGCAGUGUUAGAAAAUGCAUUGAGAAACUUUGCCUGUCUGACCACUGGGGAUGUGAUUGCCAUCAAUUACAAUGAGAAGAUCUAUGAACUACGGGUGAUGGAGACAAAACCUGACAAAGCUGUGUCCAUCAUUGAGUGUGACAUGAAUGUGGACUUUGAUGCUCCCUUAGGCUACAAGGAACCUGAAAGACAAGUCCAGCAUGAGGAGUCAACAGAAGGCGAAGCCGACCACAGUGGCUAUGCAGGAGAGUUGGGCUUCCGUGCCUUUUCUGGCUCUGGGAAUAGACUAGAUGGAAAGAAGAAAGGGGUAGAGCCCAGUCCCUCCCCAAUCAAGCCUGGAGACAUUAAAAGAGGAAUUCCCAAUUAUGAAUUUAAACUUGGUAAAAUAACUUUCAUCAGAAAUUCACGUCCAUUGGUUAAAAAGGUUGAAGAGGAUGAAGCUGGAGGCAGAUUUGUUGCUUUCUCUGGAGAAGGACAGUCCUUGCGUAAAAAGGGAAGAAAACCAUAAGUUGGGACUGUUGACUGGAAAAUAAAAGAAUCAAUUGCAACAUA